AGAAACUGUGUUUCUUACUUUAUACUGCCUAUAUGUUUAAAUUGUACAACUCUCAUAACCAGAGGAGCUGUGACAUCCGUUCCCCCUACAAGAAACUCUGGUAAAUCACCUCUCAGACAUCCGUUCCCCCUACAAGAAACUCUGAUUGUUACAGGAUGGAUUUUCAAGUGUCAAGUCCGACCUAUCUCUAUGACCUUGAUUAUAGUAUGUCAGCACCCUGCCGAAAAGCCGAUGUAAAACAAAUUGCAGCCCAGCUCCUGCCACCACUCUACUCUCUGGUAUUCAUCUUUGGCUUUGUGGGUAACAUGUUGGUCUUCCUCAUCCUGAUAAAGUUCAAAAAGCUGAAGAGCAUGACUGACAUCUACCUGCUCAACCUGGCCAUCUCUGACAUGCUCUUCUUGCUCACUCUCCCAGUCUGGGCUCACUAUGCUGCAGAUGAGUGGGUCUUUGGGGGUAUAAUGUGCAAAUUAUUCACAGGGCUCUAUCACAUUGGUUAUUUUGGUGGAAUCUUCUUCAUUAUCCUCCUGACAAUUGAUAGGUACUUGGCUAUUGUCCAUGCUGUGUUUGCUCUAAAAGCCAGGACGGUCACCUUUGGGGUGAUGACAAGUGGAGUCACUUGGGUGGUGGCUGUGUUUGCCUCUGUCCCAGAAAUAAUCUUUACCAGAUCUCAAAAAGAAGAUCUUUAUAAUACAUGUAGUCCUCAUUUUCCACACACCCAGUAUCACUUCUGGAAGAGGUUCCAAACGUUAAAGAUGGUCAUCUUGAGCCUGGUCCUGCCCCUACUUGUCAUGGUCAUCUGCUACUCAGGAAUCCUCCACACCUUGUAUCGCUGUAAGAAUGAGAAGAAGAGGCACAGGGCUGUGAGGCUCAUCUUUGCCAUCAUGAUUGUCUACUUUAUCUUCUGGACUCCCUACAACAUUGUCCUUCUCCUGAUGACCUUCCAGGAAUUCUUUGGGCUGAAUAAUUGCAGUAGUUCUAAUAGACUAGACCAGGCUAUGCAGGUGACAGAGACUCUUGGAAUGACACACUGCUGCAUCAAUCCUGUCAUCUAUGCCUUUGUUGGGGAGAAGUUCCGGAAUUAUCUCUCAGUGUUCUUUCAAAAACACAUUGUCAAACGCUUUUGUAAGCACUGUCCAAUCUUCCAACAAGACAGUCUUGAUCGUAUGAACUCAGUCUAUACCCGGUCCACAGGGGAGCAGGAUGUUUCUACUGGUUUAUGACCUGGAUUGAGUUUUGUAUAUUAGUUUUCUAUGUAGCUUGGGAGUAGAAAUGUUUUUUUAAAAAAGAAGUUAUCAUAAUAGAGGGCUUAAGAUACAUACAUGUUUUAGAUAUUUAUUUUAGAUAGAUAUUGGGUCUUUAGAAAGCCAAAUGAGAAUAUAUUGAUGAGUAGUGAUCCCUGGUCUCAUUCCCACUUACCUCUAGUUAUUGGCAAACUCUUCUUUAGCCACAAAAAUUCACUGUAAAAAAUGUCCCAAGAGUUGGGAGGUUUUUUUUUUUUUAAGUUUGACUAUCUGAACAGAAAUAACAGUUUCAAUCAAGAAGAAUAUACAAGGAAAAUUCAGGUUAUAAAUGUACUUUAAAUAGAUACUUGUCUUGUCCUGAGAAGAAAAGAUGAGAGUGUGAUUAGUUAGGAAAUAGAUAACUAAGCUGCAUAAAUUAGUUCCAUAGACUUGUAUGAUCCGGUGACUGCUCCGUAGCCUGGGAGGGCCGGGAACACAUCCCUUUUUAAGAAGGGAUUUGAAUUGGAGCAUACGUGAGUAAAUGAGAGGGAAGUCUUUCUUUGAGUGGUGCACAAGCAAAACAACUAGACCUGUGACUAGUUGGAAAGGCCAUGGAGAGAAAGGUCAAGGCUGGAUCAUAACACAUCUUGGCAGCAUUGCUCCUUCAAAGUUAUGAGCAGGGUGGAAGCACCUAGACAGAUUUGUACAAAGCUUUUUUCAUGGCUUUGGCAAGCAAUUAAGGAAAGUCGAUCAGCAGCAAUAAGGUCAGGGUGAGAGAUCAAGUCGCCUGGGCUAGCCAGUAGGGAAGUACCAUUUCUGCAUAUAGAAUAUAGAGUCAGCAGAACUUGGGGUACAUUGGAGGUAGAGGGGAACAAGAACCUCUAGGCUCAAGCAGAUUGGAAUAACCAUUGGAGAAACAAAUACAAAAGAGUAGUACAGGAAAGAAUCUGGCUUAGGAGGGUAGUCUCAUUUUACAGCCUGUUGCCUCAGGCUGAUAUUUUGUUCCCACCCUCAGACCCAAAUCUUGCCAUACCAGCUUUGCAUACUAAGGAUUAACCAGGGGACUGUGAAACAUCUGGCUUAUGGAUCAUGAGCCUGAAGUUUAAGAACAAUAAGGACACCUUGUGGAUUCAGCUGAGGGCUACUUAUAUAGUUUGAACCCAGAGCUUUACAACCUUGAGUAGAGGCCCUAAGAUAUGAGGGAAGAUAAUCAAUUUUCUCUAUUUACCUAAUAAUCAGCAAAUCUGAGAGAUAAACCAUCCUUUUAGAAAGAAGUUGCUGUGAGCUUCAGAAAUUAUGAAAGUGUAAUUACCGCCCUCUGUGUUCCAGGCUAAGUGUGAAGGCUUCAGUUACUCUUUACAAAUGGCUUCUCCACACAAACUGCUAAAUUUAGCCAUUGCAGAGAGGUUUGGGUUUUUGUUCGUUUUUGCAGUUGCUAUUUAUGAUAUGGUUUUGAAUUUUGGAGCGGUUAAGAACUUCAUAGUGAAGACUAAGGGAAGAAACAAAAGGGUGAGAAUCACCCAGAGGAUUAAAGUGUCUGGCUAACAAAAGGUGCUAUUUUUUUUCAAGCUCUGAAUGUGAAACCAGAGCCUUGUGGCUGCCAGCAGGAAGUGAGCAUUUGUUCUUUUCUUUCCUGGGAUCCACAUUUUCUCCCCCAAUAUGUAGCUGAGACUAGACUCAAACUCAUGAUCCGCCUUCCUCCAUCUCAAGCACUGAGAUUAAAGGUGUAUAUGAACACACUCAGCUCCGUAUUUUUAUAUUCCUAAGCAUAUAGAAAGUUGCAAAUUCUUUGAAGAUAAUACGAGUCUUAUAAAAAGUGCUUUGCAAAAAAAAGUGCAUUUUUUGUUCUUUCAAUCAAGUGUACAUUUAAUGAAUAGUACAUAAAAUUAUGAGAUCAUUUUAUAAGUAGUUGUUUUGGAGAACAUCCCCAAAUAGUACUUAUUUAAAUAUAGUCUUUAUCUUAUUUGGAUAGUGAUUGUAUUUCCUUUAAAAUAUUUUUAAGUCAACUUUCUCCCUAAGACAAAUUGUUAUAAUUUGUUGUUAAAGGUGUUACUUCUAAACGUGUAGCUCCUGGUCAGAGUUGCCUUGAAAGAGUGUAAUUUUAAAUUGUGCUUACCCUUAACCAAAGGCGUUUUAAUAUAUUUACAAAUUGAUGUCAGUGGUCAAGAAUCUGAUUUAAAAUAAACACAUGCAACUGUG